CGUGUUCCCAGCCCCGCCUCCCACUCAUCCCAGCGUCUCUCUCUGUGUGUGUGUUUGAGUGUGUGUGUGUGUGUGUGUGUAUGUGUGUGUAUGUAUGUGUGUGAACUCCUUGAGCAUUCACGAUCGCCUCUAAUCACAGAUCUCCAAUCAAACAGCAAGCCAGCUACGCAGAAACGCUGCAGAAAACGCAGAUAAUGGAAUACCGGUUUUCCGAAUCUAUGCCCAAUGAACACUGAUGGAUUAAUUCAGGAAUAAUAUACAUCCCUCGCACGAUUGCCAACUGUGGAACUUUGACUGAAUCGAUGCAAAAUGGCUUCAGAUAAUACACACCGUAGUUACUCCAUCAUACCAUGCUUCAUAUUUGUGGAGUUGGUGAUCAUGGCUGGGACGGUGCUGCUGGCGUACUACUUUGAAUGCACAGACACGUUUGGGCUCCAUAUCCAGGGCUUCUUCUGUAACGACGCUGACCUGAUGAAGCCGUACCCCGGGGUGGAGGAGAGCAGCUUCAUCCCUCCUCUCAUCCUCUACUGCGUGGUGGCAGCUGCGCCCACAGCCAUCAUAUUUGUUGGUGAGAUCUCCAUGUAUAUCAUGAAGUCCACUAGAGAAGCUCUCCUAGCCCAGGAGAAAACCAUUGUGACGGGCGAGUGCUGCUACCUAAACCCUCUCAUCCGCAGAAUCGUUAGGUUUAUUGGUGUCUUUGCGUUUGGCCUGUUCGCCACCGACAUCUUUGUCAACGCCGGCCAGGUAGCGACUGGCAAUUUGGCGCCGUAUUUCCUGAGCGUCUGCAAGCCAAAUUACACCGGGAUGGAUUGUCACUUCAACCACCAGUUCAUCGCCAAUGGAAACAUCUGCACUGGGAACCAGGUGGUGGUGGAGAGAGCCAGGAGGUCCUUCCCAUCCAAAGACGCGUCGCUCAGUGUCUACUCCGCCGUCUACGUUACUAUGUACAUCACAAGCACCAUCAAGACGAAAAGCAGUCGUCUGGCCAAACCUGUACUUUGUCUAGGAAUCCUGUGCGCUGCUUUCCUGACUGGAUUGAACCGUGUAUCAGAAUACCGCAAUCACUGCUCCGAUGUCAUCGCUGGAUUCAUAUUAGGAAGCUCCAUAGCUCUUUUUCUGGGAAUCUGUGUAGUGAACAACUUCAAAGGGACUCACUCCACUCCUACCAAACAGAAGCAGGAGGAUUACCGCGGCCUUCCCUUGAUGACAUUCCCCCGUGUGGAAAGCCCUCUCGAGACACUCAGCGCACAGAACCAUUCAGCGUCCAUGACUGAAGUCACAUGACUAAGGGGGCAGCACCGGGUUACGUUCGCUUCACCUCAACACUUCUAGGCACAAAAAGUUUUUUUUGUACUGUGGCAUACUGUAAAAAAAAGAACAAGUAAAAGAAAAGAAAAAAGACAGUAUUAUGUUGUAACUAGUUGUACCUAGAAGCAGCUGUUUUGUACAUUUUGUAUAAGAGAGUGCUGUAGCUUUCCCUCAUAAUGUCGACACUGCUCAAUUCAUGUCCAGAUUUCUGCCUUCUUUGUCAUGUUUUACAUCACAAAAAGUAAAUAUAUACAGUCUAUAUAUAAUGUAAUUCAAAUAUCGAUGUUGUUAUGUGGUAUUUGUACAAAGAAUGAUUUUAUUUAGAUUUUUUUUCCUGUACAUUUUUGGACAAAGAUCAUUUUGUAUUCUUUUUGUUAUCUGUAUAAAGCAUUUUGAUCAACUUUGCCUGCUGAUUUUCCAGGAAUGUUUUGGUAUACCUAUUUUUUUGGUGUAAGAUUUAAAGAAAACGUGUUGAAUUGUUACACGUCGUUGUAUCGGCUCCUCGGGCAUCUUUGAAUGGCCAUGUACUCAGCAUGAAAUACACAACACUGUUUGGAUAACCUGUUAUUCUCGACUUGUGUUUUGUUUUUUCUUUAAAGUUUGCAUUUCAUUUGAAAUGCUAAAUAUAUUUUCCUGAGUAGUCUGUCAAAUAAAUAGUCUGUAGCUGAGUCCA